UGUCCUAGAGUUCAGUGUGCAAUAGAAUUAGAAAUCUCUUUGAAGUUUCAACAAAGAUGGCCUCCAACAUUAAAGCAUCCUUCGCAGUCGUGUUCGUGUUCGUGCUUACUUUGAAUGCUUUUAUUGGCGGUAUUGAUGCAGCCGGGGAGUGUGGGAAGACCCCGAUUAGGACCGCAGCGGCUAGCUUGAGCCCUUGCUUGAACGCAGCUGGGAAUGCUAGCGCUAAAGUUCCACCAGCUUGUUGUACCAAAAUUAGUGCCUUGAUCAAGACCUCACCCAAAUGCCUUUGUGCUGUUUUGUUGUCACCUUUGGCAAAGCAAGCAGGGAUCAAGCCCGCGAUUGGUAUUACUGUUCCAAAGCGAUGCAACAUCAGCAACCGACCAGUUGGAAAGAAGUGUGGAAGGUACACUGUCCCAUGAGAAUCGACGCCCGUAGAGUCACCCACGAGAAGAGAAAUAGCAAUCAUAAGUUUAUGAAUAUUAAUGGUGCUAAAUAAGAGUUUUUUCUCUCUCUUUUUUUUUUUUUUUUUUUUAA